GCUCGCCAAUUCCCUGGAAACCAGGAUAAAGCACGGAGACUUGGGGAGGAAUAAAAGAAAGAGAGAAUCCUCAAAUCUAAGCUAAACCUUCAUCGUUUAGCUUUUAUUUCUCUCUUUCCUUACUCUCUUUGUCUCUCAUUACCUUUGAAGACGGUUUUAUUUCUCUCUUUCUUUACUCUCUUUGUCUCUCAUUACCUUCACCGUCUUCAAUAUUUCAGCUUUCUCCUCCAGAUCGGCUAAUAUCAUCCAAUUCCUUUUAGGGGCGCUCCUCGAUCUUCUUGGGUCACAUAAAUAUGGUUUUCUGGGUUUUUGGCUAUGGCUCAUUGGUGUGGAACCCUGGAUUUGAAUACGAUGAGAAAGUUAUAGGCUUCAUCAAGGAUUAUAGGCGUGUAUUUGAUCUUGCUUGCAUUGAUCACAGAGGUACACCUGAUCGUCCUGCAAGAACUUGCACAUUGGAAAACAUUGAGGGAGCUGUUUGCUGGGGUGCUGCUUACUGUGUUCGUGGAGGAGCUGAAAAGGAAAGAGUGGCAAUGGAGUAUCUGGAGCGGAGAGAAUGUGAAUAUGAUAAAAAAUCCCUUGUCGACUUUUACAAGGAUGCGGAUCCCUCAGAGCCUGCUAUAACAGGAGUUAUAGUUUUCACUUCCACUCCGGAUAAAAUAUCAAACAAGUACUACUUGGGACCUGCCCCCUUGGAUGAAAUGGCCCGGCAAAUUGCAACCGCGUAUGGACCAUGCGGGAACAACAGAGACUAUCUGUUCCUUCUGGAGAAAGCCAUGCAUGAUAUUGGUCAUGAGGAUGACAUGGUGAUUGAGCUAGCGAAUGAAGUAAGGAAGGUACUUGGAAUUGUAGGAAACGAGAUUUUCAAGGAGAUGCUGGCUGGUCCGGCGCUUAAAUCGCAUAUGGCAUCUCUUCAACUGCGUCCACUUCCUGAAGCCAUGGCCCUGGACUCCUAGAAAAAAAAAGAAAAAAAGACAAAUAAUUGAACACAACAAAGCAGAGCUUAACUAACUUGAUUAACGCUUCUGGAGAAUCUUUGUCUGCUUUCCCUAAUCUACCAAAACAUCUUUACCAUUGGUUUGGGUUAGCAAUCUAUCCAGUUUACAAUAUACUUCUCUAACCUUACCUAGUGGAGCGCGCAAAACAUUCAUUUUAAUGGAACUGAUUAACAGUCGAGAUGUUACUUUUGAAUUUUGAAUGAUGCUACGUUAUCAUCUGAA